CCCCUCUCUAUCUUUCCUCCAGUGUAAGUUGGAGUAUCAGGCAUGUAUCUCAGGAAGCAGAUCUCAGUCCAGUGUUCUGGCCAGUGUCCCUGUCCUGCUGUCCUUCCUGAAUACAGCACAGCAGGACAGACAGAGUGCAGUGAGUCAGACAUAAAGGAGGUUGUGGGUCGGUUAAGGGACUGGUUCAGAGUUCUACUUGAGAAUGGAAACAACAAGAAACUGAAGACACGCAUACCUCAGAAAAACAAGUUCAGCUCGGGGGCGGGGCCUAUCUGUAAGGAUCCUCUUGGUUGGAUGUUCUCCCGCCUCGACACAAACUUUGACCUCCAGCUGGACCAAUCAGAGCUCAGCAGGCUGGGGCUGGACAGAAAGGAAGGCUGUUCCGAUGCACUCUUCACUUCCUGUGACACACCCACCGACACACACCCUGACACACACCCCGACACACUCCUCCUCUCCAGCGCAGAGUGGUGCACCUGCUUCCAGAGAUACACAGACUCCCCCUGUUGGUCUGAACUGACCAGUAUUAACAAGAAACAGGCUGCGGAGAAGCUACCGGGUCAGUACCUGCCAGUGUGUGACGCAGAGGGCUACUACCGGUCCCACCAGUGCCACGGCAGCAGCGGACAAUGCUGGUGUGUCGAUCGCUAUGGCAACGAGAUCGCAGGGUCACGGACCCACGGAGCAGCAGACUGUGGGGUGGUGUUGGAAUCAUCUGGAGACCAGGGCAGCGGAGACUCUCUCUUCUCCGACGACGACUAUGACGAUGAUGAAGAUGAUGCCUUCGUCCUGAGCGACCAGAUCGAUGACAAAGAUGACGAAGACGAGGACGACUAUGACGGAGAGGAAAGAUAUCUGUCGUAACUCCGUCGCUCUGCACUUUGCCAGGGGACUUCAGCAGCAAGAAUAGUUGCUAGUCGACCUCGUCACCGCUAACAGACUAAAGACAUUUCUCUCUCUCUCUCUUCUGUGUCUCAAAUGUCCCCAUAUACCCUGGUCAGUUCCCCAGGGCCCAUUGGGUACUGGGGGAAGGCAGUUCACUACAUAGUGUAAAGGGCACCAUUUGGGAUGGCCCACUCUGUGUUC